GUGACCUUUUUUAACGAACUCUUUCGUCGCUACCUGCAGUACGUGGCUGUUGGCUCAAUCAGUCUGGGCUUGACAAACUCCUUUUUCGCUUUUUCUUCAAAUGGCUGCUCUAAGCAAAUCCAUAAGCCUGCUACUUCUGGGGGCACUGGAGGUGGUCUUGUGAUGUGGCGCGAUCGUCAUGCCGACGAGCAGCGUCUUGGCUUGCGUUGUCUCUGUCUGCAUGCUAUGUCAAUUGUUUAUGCGCGCUGCUUUUCUGAAAUAUCCUCUGUAUCCGAUAUUCCAUUGCUUGUUCAUCUACUGGAUCGGACGCAGUCAGCCGCCGAGCGUGACAGCCUUCUUCUUCUUUUGGAUCGGCUUAUGAUGGAUAGAGUGAGUUCUCUGAGGUAUCUUAGCCAGUUUGCCUCAUUCUUCUGA